AAUAAUAACUCACCAAUCGUACUCUUAUAAAUUGAUUUACAUUUUUCAUGGAACUAUACUGAGGGUAAAGAGUGACUGAUAAAGUUGUGGAGGAGCCAAAAAAUAGUAGCCUGAGACAGGUUAAAAACUCAGCACUGAUAUCAUCCCUGACUGGUUGCGUUCAUGUCAGAUGAGGUACCUUGCAGAGGAUUGUCUGAUACUUGAACAAAGAAAGAUUAGCAAUGCAUGAAAAGAAGCAUCCGAAUAUAUUCUCUCUCCCAAUCAAAACAAGAGAAGAGCAUCACUGCAACACCCUCAAAGUCAUAGUUGGUGUUCAUUGAUUCAUGCGUUCAUGUCAACUUUAGCGCACACCACCACGCACUCUGAAAAGGCUCGAUGCUCAUCGUUGACAAGUUGCAGUGUUUGCAUGCAUUAUGCAGUCAUAUGCUCUCCUCGUUUACAGUCCUAAGAGAAAAGGAGGGAGCUUUGCUACGUGUGGCAUCCGAUCUGCCGCAACAGCACAACCACAAGAGUCCACCGUCGGCCCAGAAGAAGACGAUCAGUAAAGAUGGAGACUGCUCGAACGGUAAAGUGAAAGCAUACAGCUGCUGCGUUGCAACGUCCCCCCAAACCUGAUCGCCUCACCUUUGCAGUGGCUUUCAGAAAUGGGACCUCUCAAUCGUAUCGGAACAAAAAGUCCACUCCGUCUUCUCCUCUUAAUGCUUUUCCUCUUGAGCUCCAAUCCGAUCAAGCAUUCUGUUGAAGGUAGAUCAUUGCUUACGCUUCUUGAGGUUGCAAGUGGAAGGGGAGAGGAGAAGGCGAGGGUAAGAGCCUUGGUUGGAUCAAGACCACCGAUCUGCGAGAGGAGGUGCAUCACAUGUGGCCAUUGUGAAGCAGUUCAGGUGCCAGUAAUCCCACAAGAAAAGAAGAGUCGAAGCAGGCAAUUCUUGGGUACGGCCACCGUGAGGGGUGACUACAGCUCCAACUACAAGCCCCUGAGCUGGAAAUGCAAAUGUGGAGACUUGAUCUUUGAUCCGUGAGACUCGAAAAGUGAGCCACUACCAGAUUAAUGUCCUGUACAUAAUAAUACUUGAUGGAUUCCUUCUUUUCUUGUUGGAUCUCUUCUUGAACCUGGGCUGUUUUGUGUGUCAAGUAUGGAUGUGGAGGUUAUCUGUCUACUUUUCAGUCUUCCCUGUAAUCCAUCUCCUUUUCUUUCUUUUUAUCAGACAUCAUCAUGUUGCCUUCCCUGUGA